AUGCCGUCUCCCAAUAAACCCGAAGGAAGUGGUCCUUCCAUCAAACUCAAGGUUCGAUCUACUUCACCAGUUCCAUCCUCCUCCACAUCCGCGACUGCGAUAAAAUCGUCGUCAUCAUCACCCAAGCCCAACGCGGAACCAUCCUCCAACGAACCAGGAGCUAGCAAAUCCAAAAAGAGACGAUUCAAUCCACCACCCUCGUUACAAGACAAUAAAGCGGAGGCUUCCAAUCUUCGGUUAUACCAUCAAAAGUCACAUCUUUCCUUUGUAUUGCAUUCAAACUAUCCUCCCACUACACUUGGUAAUAGUGGUGGUGCCGGAGAACCAAAAUGGUACGCCCAGGGACAAACCACACUCUACCUAGCCGACUUGUCCAUGGGCGCUGCUUCCAAAUCAUCAUCCUUGAAUCUGGCACUACAUUUGCGAGGAUCGUCUUGUCAAGUCACCCAUGUCCAAGUGGAAGGUGUCAACGAACGCAAUUAUUCGUUCGCGCCAUUGAAAUCCGCCCAUUGGCACUUUGAUCCAUUGGCCAAGGUUUUGAGAAAGCCGCCUACUUCUUACACCAUGGAAGAUAUUAUUUUGCAAGCAAAGCAACAGCAACAACCAAGACACGAAGCCGAUUCUCAAUGUUCGCGAGGCGCCAAGGGUAUGACUACCUCACUACGAGCGGCCAGCAUUGCCAGUCACUUGGGCGAAUUGCGGAUUUCGGCCGCCCAAUCCAACCAACCGGCACAAGUGGCGGUGCAGCAGCAGCAGCAAGAUAAAUUGGCGGCCUGUUGGAAACAAGACUUGCAGGAACCUCCGCCCCAUACGACGGCGGCUCAUGGCAAGGCCUUGGAACGAAUCCAAGGGAAAAUGGCUUCCCGGGAGGGACCACGCAAACAAGCACGGGUCGAUUUGGUGGCCAAGGACAUGGCCAAGCAACGAUCUUCCGUCAAAGUGACUGUACAUUACCUAAUUUUAUUGGGCAAGGAACAUUUGGGAGGUAUUCAUGCACUGGCCAGGGGUGGGUCCCCACAUAUUUAUACCACGAGUGGUGUCUAUGGAGAUCACGAGGGUCCUCGCAGUUGGAUUCCGACCUUGGAUUCGGCGGCGACGCACCAUCGGGCCUCGCACGAUUUGACCAUUCAAGUUACGGCGCCCAUGCGAGAAGGAUUGUCGGUAGUGGGAUUUGGGGAAGACUGUGGUGGAUCCAAAACCUAUCUGCACCGGAGGCCAGCACCAGAGUCGCCACCGGAUGUCCAACUACAACAAGAGUUGGGCUAUCAUCAUGUCCGCAUGUUGCAUCGGAUCAUUAAUGCCAACCAUCAAACUAUAAUGACUCAAUCGCCCAAUGCACCACAUGUGAUUCCACCGGAUCCAUCUUCUGCCAGCGUGGUCUCGAUUGAUUCCUUGUUGGCUACGACUGUUUGGACAUCGGCCAGUUGGUUGCCCGUUUCCGCAAGGGCCUUGGGAUUUGCCAUUGGUCCUUUUCGCAUGUUGGAGGAUCCUGAAUUCUUUCACGAUAGUACCUUGGAUGACAAAAGUCCGGAAGCGAAGCAAUGGCGGGAAGAAGCAGAAGAGGCACGGCAGAAUGGGGAAGGAAUUCGACAAUACUACUUUGCUCCCAUCUUUGCCCGAAAAUACAUCCAUGCACAGGCCAGCACUUCAUUCUUGCCCAACACUGAUUUCCAGUUCUCGCCUCUGACCCCUCGUCAAAAGGAUAUCAUGGCUGGAUUAGAUCAAAGUGUGAUUCUUGCGACCGCAGGAGUGACAAACCGAGCACUCUCCUUUAUGAAGGAAAUAUUGGCCUUGCCAGUCUUUCGAACAGUAGCCUACAGUCAAGUUUGGAUUCCUGGUGCCGUUCAUGGUGGAUCGACCUCGGGGUGUCUGAAUGGUUGUCCCGAAGCAUCACUCAACCCAUUCUUGGGAGGAGCCAUCAUGGAUUCUAGGCUACUUCCACCGGUCGGUCAUCGCCUACCUUUUUACCAUGGAGGACGCGCUUUGCAGUUCUUGCAAGCUCGAUCGGCGGUACGGGGUUGGAUCAUUUCGGCCAUUCCGUUGGGAGGACAGGAUGAUGUUGGUCAAGGGUAUAUUCAUGCUUUGUUUGAAAGUCUCAUUAUGAGUUUGUAUGAGCGGGGACAUGCGGCACAUGGAGAAGGUGGUGCUAAGGAUAGCAUGUUUUACACAAAACGAUUUUCGGGUGGCAGCGGGCUGAAUAGUAACAGCUUGGACUUUUUUCCAAUCCAGAACAUUGAAGACGCCGAUCUUGAUGUUGUGGUUGGAGGCAUCAUUGGUGCAGUACCGGUGGAAGAUAGAAAUAAUGAUCAGCUCUGGCGAUCAGCUUCCAAUGGGUCAGAGUCACAUACUUCUUCGAUGGAUGAGUUUGCCAUUCGUCAGCUCCUGUGCAAGGAUGCUGUCAAUCAUCUGGAGCGCAUGGUCGGUAGUGGUCGAACCAUCACUUUGCCUUCAAUGGGAUGGCUGGGGUCCAGCUUGGCACUCUCGUUCCUCUCCAGCAAUGCUACCUCUAGUGCUGGGCUGGGAUGUGGUGCGCUGGAACUUGCCCACCCGGUUGGUGGUCUCCCUUAUCGGGCCCUGAAAUCAGAUUUACUCAGAAAAGUCAUUGAAGGUAGAGCUGGAAUCGCAAAUUUCAUCCGACUCGUCCGUGCUUCCUUUGUGGCAGCGCAUCUGGACGACAAUGGACACCAGUCGUUGAAUUAUCCUCCAAAUUCUAAACCAAGAUCUAGCGAGAAGGAAAAGCCAGUAUCUGAGGGUGAGAAAAGAGACAUGAAAUUUGAAGAGUCACAAAAGAGAGUUCCAAGGUUUAUCAAUUGCGUCAACGAGAUCCUGAAGAAAAGAGGUCUCACUCACACGCUAUUCACAAGAGCGUUGCAAAAUCUGGCUGGGAAGAUCAGGGAGGCUCAGCUUCUUGGCACAUUGGUGGAUGUGGAACGAACAGCCAUCGACCCAAGAACCAAGGGUCCCUUUGUUGAACCAGCUGGAUUCCCGAACAUUUAUGUCCGAGGAGCAUCGGAGUUUUAUCUUCGUGUGGGUGUACAUGUUGAGCCAGCUCGCGAUGGGCCAGGGGGAGUCAACAAAGGCAUUCAACUCCAGUCUUAUGCAGAACCAGUGAUACCUGUUGGAGGCGUCGCUUUGGGUGGGGCAAUUACGGUUCGAGUGGUGGAGAACGAAGGGUCUUUCCGUGAGUUUGUGAAAGACAUCAAUGUCGACGGGAGUCGACGUGACUGGGGAAGCCUCUUCCUCCAUGCCAAACCAGUAACCUUACCAAAGGCCCAGACUGCGGCAAGCGGAAUCAUUGAAACGACUGGGAGCUCAGUGAAGGACCCUUCCAACGCGUCCAGCAGUUUGGUGGCUUCAAGUGGGGGAGCUUUUUCGGAAUCGCAUCUGCACCGUGGCGGAUACCAAGCUAUCGAGCUAAUUCGCCUUACAAAUUUGACACCUUUGCUAUGGGUUCGCGUAGAUCCAAUGGGACUCUAUGGGGGCAAAAUCUCUGUUUCGCAACCAGAUGCCUGUCUCGCCGAGAUGGUAUUCCAUGACGGUGAUGCUGGAGCUCAAGUUACUGCCAUGCGAGCAUUGGCAGAACGACCAGUUCGGAUUCAAGGAUCGUUGAAAGUCACGGCCGUCUACGAUGUGAAUAUCGCUGAACUGCCAGUUCGAGUUCUCGGAGACUGCCUUCGAGGUUCUCCUGCAAUGCACAGUUCUCUCCCGCAUACCCCUGGUGUUCGGGUUCAAGCUGCUUUGGCAAUUGGCCAGUGGCAAAACAACAAGGCGCCGCAAACAAAGAAUACAACCGGCGCCAAGCACUGGAUCGGACUGAAUCUUCUGAUUCAAUAUUUCAAAGAACGGUUUAUUAACAACGGAACUCCAUUGCCUGUAAAGAUGAAUCGAGUGGUUCUGAAGAAAAACUCGGAUACAUCGGAAGCUGCUGCUAAUCAAGACGGAGCAUCAAAAAAGUCAAAUGAUGAGUAUGACUAUUUGGAUUCAUUUGACGAAGGUGAGGAAAGAGCUGCUGUGCUGGAAGAGUUCGAGGAAGUCGAGGUAGAAGAAGAUGAAGAAUACCGCGUUAGAUCUGCCGUGAUCACAGCGAUUGCUUCGGUGAGAGCAAAGGAUGGGCUGACUCCUACCGCUGCUAUUGAAUUCUUGGAGAAAGUGCUUGACUCCGUUGAUACCGAAAUGGUUGGAAAUUUGGUGUCUCCCGAUGAGGAGCUUUUCUUGGAGAAGAAACGAAGAAAACUUCGAAUGGCCGAAGAGGAAGCGAAAGAAGACAUGGAUGGUGACAAGGUUGUCAACGACCUGAAUGAUGGCUUGGUUCCAUCCAUUCCCUAUGCGUCAAGUAUGCUGAUUUCGGAUUCGCUCCUAGCUCUUUGUUACAUCAAUGCCAGUCCUGCAGUCAUUACCGAUCCAGUCACAGGAAAGCCUGUCCAGUCGACUGCAAAGCACCCAGUGUCACGAUUGAUGGAGAUAUGCCGACGCUGGCUGGAUUGGGAACUUUACCGAGAACGAAUUCGAAUGGAGGUGGAUAUGGAAUCGAUGUCUGGGGUAGCUGGAGUCUGCUACGAUAGUAUCGCUUCAUGUGCGAUUACAGCUUUGUCGUCACUUGCUAUCCAACGACAAAGUACUACCGAGCAACAGACGGUCCCUGCAACAGACAAGUCUCAGUCUAGCGAAACUUCUGAUGAAUCCAGUAGAUUUCAAGAGGCAGCAUCUGCUGAUUUCUAUAUCAAGAUCUUUGACUCGAAGCCUCAUCGAUCGGAUGUAACAAGGGCUGCAUGUGCACAAGCAAUCAUUUGUGUUUGUUGCGCAGCUGAUAGACUUGAAGAUGCCUCGGAAAAGCCCACUGGAUUGCUGUUCGCUUUGGAAUUCGUCCUCGAGCGAAUCACCGACAGGUCAACUUCUCCUGCACUGCGCCAAACGUUGGCCCAGCUCAUGAUGGACGCAUGCACAGGAAGAAUAUGCUCCAUGCAACGAGUUGCUACGAUUGGCGGAAGAAAUGAUUUGUUCUCUUCAACUGCAAGAUUCCUGAAUGGACCGCUUGGAGCUGCGAAUGGCGGAGACAAUGGAUCAGCAAUAUUGACCAUGGUGACACCGGCCUCCUUUCCUGCUGCCGCAGCCGUGAACGAUGGCGCUCGCCGAGGAUUGCGUUUGAUGACAAGAGCAGGCCGCGAACCCAAGGCCUACAGUGACGUUCUCAUAACUCGGAUUGCUCGUUUUGCAACCACUCUUUGGCGUACCAUGAACGGAGAACCUCUAGAAGUGGUUGACGGCGUCCCUGGAUAUGUCGAUGGCUCCCUUGGAAUAUGUGCAAAUGAUGGUGUUUUGAGAUGUUCACUCCUAUGUCUAUGGCAAUGGAUUUGGCCGAAUGCAUGUUAUGCCACACUUCGAGUUCAGUCAUGGAAAACUCUUGAGGGUAAACAGUACUACAAGGAUAUUGGUGGAGAACAUGUCAUGAAACAAUCAGAAGAAGAAAAAGAAGGAGCUCUCUUGGAAGAAGUAUCACUCAAGGGUAUUUGCAACUUGGUCGACAUGGAAAUUGAUCGUCAAAAAUGGCGUAGUGAAAUGUCAUCGGUAGCCUUUGACUACAACAAGAACAAGAAAUCUGCGGACGCUUCCGAGGCCGAACAAGGGAUUGGAAAGCCAUUGCCACCGAUUCAACGAGACAGCGCCUUUUUAGCUGGAGGAUGGACUGCAUCUGCUGCACAACAGAGACGAAAGCUUGCUCUUGAUGGUGGAAUGGCAGUUACCAAGCUACGAUUGCGGAAGAGUGGAGACUAA